AAUUUGAAGUCACUAUCGUGUGUUAAGAUAAUAUGAACAUUAUUUUACAAUUUGUGAUUGCUUUUGAAUCCAAAAUGACUCUUUCCUAUUCCUAUUCUCACUAUUCAGCUGGUCACCAGGUCAAAUUAGCUCCAGAAUUUGCUGUUGGAAACACAUACACUUACAAGUAUGAAGCAUUUCUUAUGGGUGGACUUCCCGAGGAGGGUCUGGCUCGGGCUGGGUUCAAAAUAAGGAGCAAAGUUCUGAUCAGUGCCUUGGCUGCUGACACCUUUGCAAUGAAGCUGCUGGAGCCACAGCUCUUUGAGUAUAGUGGCAUCUGGCCCAAAGAUGCUUUCAUCCCAGCCACUAAGCUCACUUCAGCCCUGUCAAAUCAACUCUUGACACCGCUGAAGUUUGAGUAUGCUAAUGGUGUUGUAGGUAAAGUGUUUGCACCGGCUGGUGUGUCUGCCUCUGUACUGAAUAUUGCCAGGGGAGUCCUCAACAUCUUCCAAAUGAACAUCAAGAAGACGGCCAAUGUCUAUGAGCUUCAGGAGCCUGGCGUACAGGGCGUUUGCAAGACCCGUUAUGUGAUUACUGAAGAUGCAAAGGCUGAACGUGUCCUUUUGACCAAGACCAAAGACCUGAACCACUGCCAGGAAAAAAUAAUGAAGGAUAUUGGCUUAGCUUACACAGAGAGAUGUGCUGAGUGUCGAGUGAGAGGCAACGCCCUAAAAGGAGCAGCUGCAUUCCACUACGUCAUGAAACCAUCUGACACAGGUGCUCUGAUCCUGGAGGCGUCCUCUACUGAGCUUGUUCAGUUCUCUCCCAUUAAUAUCUUGAACGGUGCUGCCCAAAUGGAAGCCAAGCAAUCCUUGAAAUUCCUGGAGAUCCAGAAAGUUCCGUUGGAGCUCAUCAAAGCUGAUUACCUCCAUCGCGGAGACGUGCGAUAUGAGUUUGGCAGCGAGCUGCUUCAGACACCCGUCCAACUUCUAAGGAUUACCAAUGCUGAGGCUCAGAUUGUUGAGAUUCUAAACCACAUGGUGGACAACAAUGUAGCCACAGUCCAUGAAGAUGCACCUCUGAAGUUCAUUGAACUCAUCCAGCUUAUGCGUUCGGCCAAAUAUGAGAUCAUUGAGUCCCUCUGGUCACAGUUCAAAUCACGUGUGACUCAUAGAGAAUGGAUCAGGAAUGCUGUCCCUGCCAUUGGCACUCAUGUUGCACUUAGGUUCAUCAAGGAAAAAUUCCUUGCUGGUGAACUGACCUCUCCUGAAGCGACCCGGUCUCUUGCUGUAGCUAUACACAUGGUGACUGCUGACUUGGAGGCCAUCAAGCUCCUGAGGGAGCUGGCUGAGAGCAAAAAGGUAAUGGAAACUCCAGUUUUGAACGAGAUUGCUGCGCUAGGCUAUGGCAGUCUGGUUUCUAAAUACUGUACAGAGAACCCCACUUGCCCAGUGGACCUCGUCAGGCCUGUCCACGAACUGGUUACCCAGGCUGUUUCCAAGGGUGAUAUUAAUGAAUUAAUUGUAACUCUCAAAGUUCUGGGCAAUGCAGGACAUCCCAGCAGCCUCAAACCAAUCUUGAAGGUCCUGCCUAUCUUUGGCAGCGCUGGUGCUUCCCUGCCUCUUCGAGUUCACAUCGAAGGUGUUCUGGCCCUGAGGAAUAUUGCCAAGAGAGAGCCAAAAAUGGUCCAGGAGGUUGCUAUUCAGCUGUUCAUGGAUAGAGCACUUCACCCAGAGCUCCGUAUGGUAGCUGCCAUUGUGCUGUUUGAGACCAAAUUGCCCAUGGGUCUGGUGGCCACCCUGGCCGACGCAGUCUUGAGAGAACCAAAUCUUCAGGUUGCCAGCUUGGUCUACUCUUACAUGAAGGCCAUGACAAGGUCCACUACUCCUGAUUUUGUGCCUGUUGCUGCAGCCUGCAAUGUUGGUGUGAAGAUCCUCAGCCCCAAACUUAACAGACUGAGCUAUCGCUACAGCAGAGCGCUCCUUGUUGAUGGCUUUUCCAGCCCCUGGAUGGUGGGUGCUGCUGCCAGUGCCUUCUACGUGAAUGACGCUGCAACUGUUUUGCCAAGAAGCAUCAUGGCCAAAGCUCGCACCUAUUUGGCAGGAGCUUAUGCUGACGUUAUUGAGGUUGGAGUGAGAACUGAGGGGAUCCAGGAAGCCCUUUUGAAAGUCCAAGAGCUUCCUAACAACACAGAUAGGAUCACCAAGAUGAAAAGCGUUCUCAAGGCCCUUUCUGAAUGGAUUGCCCAGCCUUCAAGUCAGCCCCUAGCCUCAGCACAUGUGAAACUUUUCGGUCAGGAGAUUGCUUUUGCCACUGUCAACAAAGAAGUGGUUGAUCAGUUAAUGGCGCUUGUCACUGGACCAGCAGUUCAGGCUAUUGGAAGGAAAGCUUUAGAUGCGGUGCUGGCUGGCACAAAAUUUAAUUUCGCUGAGCCAAUGUUAGUUGCUGAAGUUCGUCGCAUCCUGCCCACUGUUGUCGGUCUGCCAAUGGAACUCAGUUUCUAUACUUCUUCUGUGCUGAAUAUGGCCAUUGAAUUCCAAGCCACUGUGUCACCACCUAUAGCUGAUAAAUUCCACCCAUCACAGCUUCUUAAAUCUGACAUCAGCGUGAAGGCUGCAAUUUCUCCGAGUGUUUCCUUGUAUACCUAUGCAGUGAUGGGUGUGAAUACUGCAUUGGCCCAGGCUGUUGUGGUCUCAAGAGCCAGAAUUUAUACUAUUCUCCCAGCAAGGAUCGAGGCAAGACUUGACAUGAUCAAAGGCAAUUUCAAGUUUGAGCUUCUGCCCGUCCAGGGUGUCAAUAAGAUUGCAUCUGCAAUUGUUGAGACUUUUGCUGUUGCACGAAAUGUUGAAGAUCUUGCUGCUGCUAAGAUAACACAGAUGAUUCCGGCCGACUUUAGACCACAGUCCUCAAAGAAGAGCUCAUCCAGGUACUCUGGCAUGGAAUCCUCUCGUACUGAUGACAAGGUGAGUUUGAGUCUGUGCGUACUGUGUUUAACCACCUUUCCACAAAGUAACAUUGUUCUUUCUGUAAUGUCGUUACAGCCAGUGUCAUCUGAGCUUCUCUCUGACCAAAGAAGAAAAAUGGGCAAACUCAUCAAGGCCUUUGAGAAAAGGCUAUGUGGAGAAUUUGAAACCUUUGGAAUCAAGGCAUGCACUGUGAUUGAAUCUCGUAAUGCGGCCUCCAUUCGAGGCGUUCCACUGUACGCCGUCAUUGGAAAACAUUCAGCUUUUAUUGAAGUUACACCAGCUUCUGGGCCGGCUAUCGAGAAGGUUGAAAUUGAGAUUCAACUUGGAGCGAAAGCAGCAGAAAAGAUAAUCAAAGUCAUUGACCUAAACCAAGAUGAGGGGAUCCUUGAGGACAAGCGUGUCCUGAUGAAACUGAAGAAGAUCCUUGCUCCUGGUCAGAAGAACCGCACCUCCUCUAGCUCCAGGAGCUCCCGGAGUAUCAGCUCUAGCGUUUCUAGCUCAUCCAAGAGCUCUUCGAGUUCCUCUCACAAAAUUAGCAGGAUGGAUGACGUUCUUGACCUGACUAUGAAAAAGUCCAAGUUACAGAGGAGCUCUCGCAGAUCCUCCAGCAGCAAAUCGAGCCUUCGUUCAAGCAGAUCCUCCAGCAGCAAAAGCAGUCGCUCUUUGUCCAGCUCUCAUUCACAGCAAGAACCACUUGAAAUGAAUUUCACCAGCACCCGCCAGCAUGGACUCUCUGUAAUUCCCCGCAACAGCCAAAGCAGUGGCCGCAGUUUUGAGGCCAUCUACAAUAAGGCCAAAUACCUUGCUAAGAAUGUCGCCCCAAAUGUGACCAUCCUCAUCCGUGCCGUGAGAGCUGACCACAAGUUACAAGGAUACCAAAUUGCAGCUUACAUUGACAAAGAGACUUCCAGACUGCAGAUAAUUUUUGCCAACCUGGCUGAGAACAACAACUGGAGAAUCUGUGCUGACGGUGUGAGGCUGAGCGACCACAAGUUGAUGGCCAGGAUUGCCUGGGGUAUUGACUGCAAACAAUAUGUGACUGAGAUGUCUGCUGAAUAUGGUGCUGUUGGCCAAGAGCCCGCAAUCCGUUGGAAGUUAACUUGGGAAAAUCUUCCAUACAACAUGAAGUACUAUGCACAUGAGAUGUCGGAGUACAUUACAAGGUGGGCUGUGCAGGCUGGAAUGAGCCUGGCAAAGGUGAAGAAUGUUCGCCAUGAGAUCAAAUUGACAGUGGCUGCUGCGUCAGAGCGAAGCGUGAAUGUUGUCCUCAAGACACCGAGGAGCACCAUUUUCAAAAAAGCCCAGUCCAUCCCCAUUUCUCUGCCCAUUGGAGAGACUGCAUCAGAACUGCAGGCAUACCAAGACAGCUGGAUCGAUACCAUCUCCUACAUGGUCAGCAAGGCUCAUGCAGCUGAGUGCAGUGUACUCAAGGAUACGGUGAUCACGUUCAACAACAAGAAGGUCAAGGCAGAGAUGCCCCACUCUUGCCUCCAGGUUUUGGCUCAGGACAGCACCAGGGAGGCUAAAUUUAUUGUUCUGUUGAAGAGAGACCAACAACAUGAACAAAACAUGCUCACUGUGAAGAUUGCCGGCAUUGACGUUGACAUGUAUCAAAAGGACAGUGUUGCCGCGGUGAAGGUUGAUAAUGCCGAAAUCCUUGUCCGUGAUCUGCCAUAUCGUCAUCCGUCCGCUGACAUUCAGAUCAGACAGAGUGGUGAGGGCAUCGCUCUCCUCGCUCCCAAAUUUGGUCUUCAAGAAGUGUACUUUGACAGAGAUGUCCAAAAGGUUAAAGUUGUGGACUGGAUGAGAGGACAGACCUCAGGACUCUGCGGAAAGGCCGACGGGGAGUUCAGACAGGAGUUGCGGAUGCCCAAUACACGUUUAACUAAGAGCGCAGUCAGCUUUGCGCAUUCCUGGGUUCUGUCUGCCGAGAGCUGCCGGGACGCCACAGAGUGUCACAUGAAGCUUGACUCGGUGAAGCUGGAGAAGCAGAUUAUAGUCCAUGGUCAAGAGUCCAAAUGCUUCUCUGUGGAGCCUGUGCUGCGCUGCCUGCCCGGCUGCCUGCCUCUGAGGACCACCACCCUCUCAGUUGGUUUCCACUGCCUGCCCGCCGAUACCCUUCUAAACCGUUCCGAGGGUAUGAGCAGCAUCUUUGAGAAGAGCGUUGACCUGAGGGAAACAACUGAAGCCCACCUCGCCUGCCGUUGCACUGCUCAGUGUGCUUAAAUCUUAAAAACCUUCCCAUCCAACAGUGUUUAUUUCCUUUCACACCAUUACUCCCAAACACAAUAAAAUCCAAACUUAAACCACAGAGGUGUUUGACACGAAAUUUAUGUGGUGUGCUGUCCAUGAACAAUAAAAAUGUAAUUCAUUUGGUCAAUGAGGUUGUUCAAGCCACAAAUCCAACUAUGCAGUAGACAAAGAGCAAUUCACACUCACAUUGAUACCAAUAGACAAUUUAGAGCAGGGGUGUCAAACUCAUUUCAGUUCACGGGCCACAUUCACCCCACUUUGGCCGCACAACUAUAUUUGUGGGCUUAUAUACUCUACAAUAAAUAAUGGUAAUUAGAUUUUU